AUGUCUUCUCGGGCGCAAAAUUACCCGCCGACAAACUACAAGGUUCCGUCGUUUCCGAGCAUCAACUGGCAGCUGCGGGACCUCACGGACGACCACCGCUGGAGCCUCUUCUACAUCCGCGACAUCUGGCGCUUCACGGUGAUAUGGACCUUCAUCAUCUACGCCGCGGUGCACAUGGGCGCUGCCGCCAUUACGAUCGCGAUGCACACAAACAAGCGCGGGUCGCUGACCUAUCUAUGGGCGGUGCCGUUGUUCUACGCCUUCGUGGCGGGCGUGCAGGCGUUGUGUGCUGGGAGCGUCGUCGGGUUGAUUCUCGGUGCAGUCUACAACGCCGGCUACUUCUCGAUGUCCACAUGGGUCCCCCUUCUCUGGGGCGUUAUCAACGUCCUCGUCCUCAUCAUCUCGUCCUUUUCCAUUCAGGGCGGUCUUUGA